GCUGCCUACCCCGUCAGUGUGUCCACAGCUUCGUCGGCCACUUCAAGUCCCGACGAGAGCGGGAAGCAGAGCUGGGAGCUCGGGCCAUGGAGUUUACCAACAUUUAUGUGAAGAACCUCCAUGUGGACGUGGAUGAGCAGGGCCUGCAGGACCUCUUCUCCCAGUUUGGGAAGAUGCUGAGUGUGAAGGUGAUGAGGGACGACAGUGGCCACUCCCGAGGCUUCGGCUUUGUCAACUUUGAGAAGCAUGAGGAAGCCCAGAAGGUAGGAGCCUCCCCAUGGCUCUGUUUCAUGGAGGAGGCACCAAGCCAGCACUAGGAAGAAAAGAGAUCAGGCUCAGGGGGCUCCAGCUGCCACGGAGGAGAAGAAAGUCCCUCCCCAGCCUGGGCCCACACCAGUCAGGGCCCUUCCUGCCUGUGGCAAAGGCAGAAGGUUGUAGCCUCCUUUGGGUGCUUCCAAACCCUAAGGCCGACUGCUUUUCAUAGAUUCUUGCCCACAUGGGAGGUGGAAGGGCCUUUGAGAUAGCCACGGCCCUUUUCUUGAAUUGAUGGUGGGACUGAGGCUGGGGAGGGGAAGUGCUAUGUGAUUCCUAGCUCCCAGGUCUUUGCAAAUGCUGUUUCUCAAAAUGUUUCCCUUCUCUUGCUCCUUAGAUGAGUGCUGUCCAAUAGAAAUAUAAUGGGAGCCACAUUAUUUUCCAGCAGCCACAUUAAAAAGGGUAAAAAAAAAAAAAACAAACCAACAAACUGAUUUUAAUAAUGUCUCAUUCAACUUAACAUAUUGAAAUUAUCACUCCA